AUUUUAGGGGCAUCGUCCAAUCCGAUGACAAGAUGGUGAUCAGCGCGUCUUGGGCCAAAGACGACGACAUCACCAGACUCUUGAAGUCUCUUCCCAACUGGAGCAACAUGGCCCAGCCCAAGCAGUUGAGACCUAAAAGAGAGGAAGAAGAAGACUUCAUCAGGACCGCCUUCAGCAAGGAGUCUGAGGUCCUGAUUGGGAACCUGGGGGAUAAACUGAUUCCCCAGCCAGAGAUUCUCCAGGAUGUCAGCGAUCUGAAGGCCCUGGCCAACAUGCACGAGAGCCUGGAGUGGCUCUCGGGACGGGUGAAAAGCGCCUUCUCCAGCCUUCCAUUGGCCCAGAGUAAGUGA